AUGACAAACAUAAAGACAGCCGGGCUCAUGUUCAUCUGUUUUGCGCUGCCUCGCGGUUUUGAAGCAGCAUUGAAUUGCAAAAGCCCAAGCCCAGAAGCUUUGAGUAAUGCACUUAACUUACUCCCUAAAAAUCUGGUUCGCCCAGUAAAACGCUUUUCAGAUACACUGAACGUAACCAUCCGUAUCACUUUGGUGGGAAUUUUAGGAGUGGAUGAAAAAGCCCAAUCCCUGACAACAUUCAUAUGGCAAUUCCUGGAGUGGGACAUAGCAGGACUGAACUGGGAUGAAGAGGAAUGUGGAACUAAAAAAGUCUCUGUCCCGCGAGAAAAGUUUUGGAUCCCAGACAUCUACAUCUCAGAGUUUAUGGAUGAGGACAAAUCUCCCAAAGCUCCUUAUGUGUACUUAUUAAACACAGGUCAUGUUUAUGAUAGUAGGCCGAUCCGAGUGGUCAGUUCGUGCCGAUUAGGCAUCUACACUUUCCCCUUCGAUGUCCAAAACUGCUCUCUGACCUUUGAAUCCUAUCUACAUUAUGCUUCUGAUAUAACAAUGAUUCAAGGCGCCACAGCUGCUAAGAUCCUAAAAGAAUCCAGAAAAGUGAUCCAGACCAAUGGAGAGUGGGAGCUCGCAGACAUCGAAGUAGUUCCAUCUACUUUGAAGUUAGAUGAGGGAACCUUCUCUCAGAUGGCAUACUAUAUCAUUUUAAGACGUAGACCAAUCCUGUACGUGGUGAACCUUCUGGUCCCCAGCUGCUUCCUCCUCACACUGGACAUUUUCAGCUUCCUGCUGCCUCUCCAAAGUGUGGACAGAUGCUCUUUUAAGAUGACCCUCAUUCUGGGCUACAUGGUCUUCCUGCUCAUGAUGACUGACCUGCUGCCUGUAACUGGCGAAAUAAUACUUGUGAUAAAUGUUUUUUUCUCCAUCAGUUUAGCUCUUAUGGUGGCCAGCCUGUUGGAGACAAUAUUCAUCAGUAAUAUCCAGUCAAGCUCCAGCCAGUACAAUAUGGCGCCUAACUGGCUCAGCAUCUUUGUGCUACGCUACCUAGCUGUACUCGUUUGUAUCCCCCCAAAAAAGAAGAGUAACCGUGUCACCGUCUCCCUUGUCUCACCUGAUAAAGGUAUGAUAAUAUUACUGUUUAUCACCAGCGUCAUCUCAACAAAAGAGCUUCAGGGAAAGUCUGACAAUACUUCAGAAAAACCCCCUCAGGAGCCAGCCCUGGAUGAACUGAGGAAGAUACGCAAUGAUCUCGCAGCCAUCCGCCUCCAGAUGGAAAGACGCUUGGAGGGAACCAAAAACUCAAAGGAGUGGUACAUGAUUGGGAUAGUCAUAGAUCGUCUACUGUUUGGCAUGUAUAUUGUUUUUAUCUCGGUCAGCUGUGUCAUCAUCCUAUGUAUUUGGUCGAUGAGUAACUCGUACGUAAGGUAG